CCUGUAUAUUGCAAACAAUACCACGACGUACGUAUGCUACGAUGCCGCCACGCUCAGAUGCUAGCUCCGCUCCACCGUCUUUCCAAUGCAAGCACCCGGGAUGUAGUAUGAGUUAUCAACGGAAAGAACACUUAAACAGACAUAUGGCCAAUCAUGCUAAAGGGGAGCGCUUCUCCUGUCCGUAUUGUGAUAGCACCCUAGCUAGAAACGACCUCUUACGUCGCCAUAUCCGGAACUAUCAUCCUGAGAGAGAUCCUCCGCAGUCUCGAGCGCGGCAGGCUUGCGGAGCCUGCCAUGCUCGAAAGGAACGGUGUGACGGUGGAUACCCAUGCAAUCGAUGUCAGCAGCGAGGAGCUACCUGUCCACGUCUUCCGGGGGCGGCUCGUGGCAACAGCACAUCCCAAGAGGCCCAAACGCGCUUGAACGCGGAUAUAGUGAGUAGGGUGCCUGGUGAAUCCCGGUGGAUCGCUCAGGACUUCAUUGAUAUCUACUUUCACGACUUUCAUCCCACUUGGCCGUUUCUACAUUGGGGGACAUUCGAGCUCUCGAAAGAGCCGUGCAUCCUUCUCCAAUCAAUGUUAAUGAUUGGGUUGUGGAUCAAAGGCGACCAAGCCGCGCGGGACACGGCGAUGACUUUCCAUCGUAAUUUGCUUUCUGCGAUUCAAGCUCAAAAGAGUCAAUGGUAUAUAUCCGAUUGGACGGCUGGCCGCAACAAGGACACUUCCUGGCCCAUGGCGACCUACCAGAGCAUCCUUCUACAGCUUAUAUUCGCCGUGUUUGUGGCAAAACAAGAGACCUCUCUUGAUUUGAACAUGCGUUUUCAACUACAGGAUGCUACAUAUGAACUCCUCACAUCGCUCGUGGAAACCUGUCGCCGGCUCGGUUUGUUCUACUAUCCGAAUAUGCUAGCUAGGCACCACUCCUCUGCCCCGAUAGCGCUCAUAUGGGUGGACGUGGAGGAAAUUAAGCGUUUCGGGCUGGCGCUAUAUAAACUUUGUCGGCUCUGUACUCGGAGUGCCACGUUCGAGAGAGAUGGCAGUGACAAGAGAGGCGAGCUUCUAACUCUGGCAGAUCUAGACUUUUGCAUGCCGGAUAGCGACGAAAUGUGGAACGCUCCGCCGAAUACGGGGGUCGAAUUAAUCCGAAGCAGUACCUUUCAGCAGACAUGCAGGGAUAAUCGAGAUCCAGACAACUGGAUAUCCCAGACAUCGGGGAAAUUGUGCGAUUCUCGUGUCGGUAUUGACUGGAUAUAACUCUUUUUAUAAUUGGGAUCUAGCUAGUGAGGGUCACUGGGAGGUGGCUUGGAUACCAUCUAUACUUGGUUGUAUCUUUGCAGGCAACAACGGAUGAUAUGCCAAGCACAUUGACUGCAUUCUAGACUUGUACAGUGCAAGGACAACGCGCGUUUCAUGGUAGUGAAGUACGACUUAUGUUUCCGCCUGAGUUUAUAUCGUUAGGAGUCGUGUACAUCUUGCUAUGAUCUCAUAUCUCUAUUAGGGAUAUCUCCAACCGUUGAAAAAUUCUAUAGCGUGACCCUAUUA